AGACACGUGGUUUCAUCCUGCAGCUUCCUGUUUUGAGUUCUAACGGAGAGCUCGAGCGCCGCAGACAAAACCGCACGAGCAUCCGACUUUUGAUCAUUCCUAUAAUCAGUUACCAAUAUAUUAUCGUUCCUACAGCUUGGUCGGACCAUUUAAUAUUAUAUCAUCUGAUCUAAAGCAGGAUUUGCUGAAGAGCUCGACUGAACAAUCGCCUCACUGGAUGCUGAACUAUUGUCAUCUGUAACAAUCGACUGGACGGACACUGAUAGCUGAAGCUCGCGCUCUGGAGGUUGAGUUUGAGCAUACCUUCUGAUGUUCACGUGCCGCUUCGCUUGAACUGAGGCUUUACAGCGAUCUGUCACGACACAUUAAAGAGUGACAAAAUGUCAGGACAGAUUGAACAGAAGUCACAGGAAUGUCUGCUAUGAAGACGGAAGAUGCUGCCAACAGCAAGAGCACAGCUAAUGGAGGAGGAGUUGUGUAUGAGGAAGGAGGCGUCACGGUCCUCAGUCCUACAGAUCUGUCUGAGAUGUUGGCAGCAGGAACCAAAGAAGUUCACGAGAAGGCCGAAAACACAGAGUUUGUCAAAGACUUCCUGAAGGGACGCAUCCGCAAGGAGCUCUUCAAGCUUGGCCAUGUGGCUUUAUACUUCACAUACUCUGCCAUGGAAGAGGAGAUUGAGAGAAAUAAAGAGCAUCCUCAGUUUGCUCCGCUCUACUUCCCUCAUGAGCUCCACCGGCGUGACGCACUGGCUCGGGAUCUGGAGUUCUUCUACGGCGAGGACUGGGAGGAUCAGAUCAGUAUCUCCCCGGCCACUCAGCGCUAUGUGGACCGCAUCCACCAGAUCGGCCAUGAGCAGCCCGCGCUUCUCGUGGCCCACGCUUACACCCGCUACAUGGGCGACCUCUCGGGUGGUCAGGUGCUGAGGAAGGUGGCCCAGCGCGCUAUGAAGCUGCCGCCCACAGGAGAAGGGCUGAACUUCUAUGAGUUUGAUGGCAUCCACAGCGCCAAGGCCUUUAAACAGCUGUACCGCAGCCGGAUGAACGAGCUGGAGCUGGACACACACACCAAGGAGAAGAUUGUGGAGGAAGCCAUCCUGGCCUUUCAGUUCAACGUGGAGAUUUUUGGAGAACUAGAGGAGGUCGGAAAGACCCUUCAGGAUGAUGUUUUGGAUGCCGCUCCUGCUCAUGGAGAAAUGCAAGGAGACAUCAGUCAGUGUCCGUACUAUGCUGCCAAAAUGGCUGCCAGUGGAGGAUCAUCUUACAUUUGUCAAAUGGCCAUGACCGUGCUUAAAAAUCCCUCCGGUCAAGUCCUGUUGGCCGCCUGGAUUGCUGCUCUAGCCGGAUUGGCUGCUUGGUACCUCAUGUGACCUCCUUUGACCCACUCUUAGUGCAUCCCAUUUGCCCCCUCAUUCUUGGGUAUAAUGUGAUUAAUUAUAAUAAUAAUGUAUGAACACAGGCUAUUUAAACGCAGGAUAGCAUAGAUUAUUGUGGCAGCCGUUACUGUUGCACAUGUCAGUGUUGAUGAAGUUAAGGGUGGAGAAACAUGCAGAGCAUUAUUUUUAUAGUUUUAUCGCAGUAUCGAGUCAUUUGGUGCAACAAGUAAAAUGGGCCGAAACAUAUUCUACGCAAGUACGAGAACGUAAAUGCAAGAUGGAUUACAUAUACGUCAUGGUAAUUGUGUUAUAUUCUCAUUCAUCACCAUAAGGGGCGCUAUAGAAGGUAUUAGUGCAAAUUGUCUUCUUCUACAGUCAGUUUCUUUGUUUUGAUGACACCAACAUGUAAUGGAAACUCUAUCUGAGGUUUGAUAUCGCCACAGUAACACAUGUACAAAAGGACAAGGCACUUGCAAAACAUUGUGUAGAAUAUGUUUAUAACAGUUUUGAUACAGAAAAGCACAUGGUUUUAUGGGCCCAUUUGUCAUGCAUGUUUUCAAAUGAGAUAUGCUAUGCAUACAUGCAGCAUUUACAAAGAAAAGCAGUACCUCUGCAGGGCAGACUACUGAGAUGCGGGGUCAAAAAAUGACGGCCACAACGGUUAAUGAAGAAAAGCCUUUUUGAAGAGGUUUAGAAUGUAAAAGAUGGAAGAAUUGCACAUUAAGGUCAUUUUUGUCUAGUUACACAACAUGAUGUUACAGACUCUGCUUUUAGGGAUAUUCUACACAGAUGGUUAAAUGGGCCAGAAUUAACGGUUUUUACUAGUGGUUGACCGAAAUUAGUUUUUCAGUUAUGAUGACCACUGACCAGUGAUGAUGAUAAUAAAUAUCUUUUAUAUAUUUAUAUUAUUAUUAUUAUUAUUGUCUGUACAUAUUAUAUAUGUUAACACUUUACAAUAAGGUCUAGUGUAUUAGUAAAUGUUGAUAUUUACAUUAACCAAGAUCAGUAAAUGGUAUUUUCCCAUGUUAAUGGGGUCAUGACAUGGAUUUUUUUGGUGCGUUCACACUUGUAAUUCGGUUCACUUGGUUUGGUCCGGACCAAAAACAAAACAAAAAACAAAACAAAAAAAAAACACAUGGUCCGCUUAGUUUUUUUAUCACCAAACCUAAAGAUACUGAACCUAAAGGUCGGUUUUUAUUACAUAUUGCCUUUUUUGAGACGGAACUUACCGAACAUCCAAAACAGCGCUGUGUGAUGGGAUAAAUGCACUUGUUGUAUGUGCGUAACCUGCAUAUGAUGGUAUUUUGACCAGCUGAGAACUUGUGAAGACCUUAUAAAAUGUGUAAAGGAGUCAAAACAGCGGCAGGAAUUCCUCCAUCACACACACAAACAAUUAAUCUGCUGCAAGGAGACUCUGUCGGUACGCUUUCAAAAGAACUCUGGAGCGGUUCACAAGCAAUCCGGACCAACAAACCAAAAGAUAUCAUAAUUCAUAACGAGAAAUGUGUUAUAUAAAAAGCAGUAGUGUCUGGUUCUGUGAGUGAGCACAUUAGUUGCUGUAAUUGAAAACCAAAAAGCGGAUCUUCAUCUUAAAAUGUUGUGUAAUUGCGCUCCUCCACGUGAGAAUGCUGUCCCAAUGAAGCCUUGAUUCCCGCUCUAGCUGCAUUGUAACAUUCAUAUAUGAUCUCGACACAGCCUAUUAGACAGAGAUACAGAGAGAGCACAUUUGAAUUUGCCACAGUAUUAAUACGAACAUAGUACAUAAUUUAACAGCUGGAAUGACGGCUACAUUCAUAUAGUGUUUGCGUGCGUCUCAAAAGUUACAAAUAAAGCCACAGUAAGCUCAUGGAGUGAGCUUUUCAAUCAUUUUAAUGGAUGACGCAGAGGAAACUCUAACCAAUAAGAGGACAGUUGUACUCGCAUGUGACUUGCAUAAGCACAUUUUGGUACGCUUUGAAAUAUUGCCUUUUGAAAGCAAACCGAAUUAAGAAGGAAAUGCAUCAAUGUAACAAAUUUAAUCCCUGUUUCGGAACAAAACAAACAAUUCAUAGGUGUGAAAACGGCCUUAUUCAAAUGAACCGACAAAGCAUUUAUGAAAUCAUUUACUUACGUUUUUUUGUGAUACAGCUGCUGUCAGAUUGAACACCGCUGACUGCAUCAUCUGUCAAUAAGUUUCUUUAUGAACUCUCCAUUACACUGUGCCUUGCUGACAAAAUAAUAUGCUCUGAACAAACAUAUAAUCCUCCAGUGUGAUUCAGGACACCAUUGAAAUAAACCAUCCAUUUGUUUCUGACUUUGGAAUCCUUCUGAAGUCUUCACAGAGACCCAAACAAUCUGUUUAAACGUUCUUUCACUCUUCCAUUUGUCCUGUUGUCGGCAGACUCAAGCGUGUGAUGUCAGAAACUGAACACUCAUCUGUAUACUGUAUCAGUGUAGACAGCAUCAGUGACUAUAAUGGCUUCUAUUUGCUUUAGACGUGACACUCACAUCAAGUGUAGGCAAAUUAAGUUUGUUAAGUGACUGAACAGCAGUGGACGGGCCUGUGAUGCGAUGAUGUAAAACUAUUCGUCAAUGUCUUGCUCUGGAUUUUGACAUUACAGAUCCCGCUAUAUCAAAACGAGUUUGAUUAAAUGAAUGCUGUUUAUAAUGAGGAGGAUGUUUUAAGCUAUGAGCUUGCCAGAUGUAUUAAUGGUACAAAUACCUCUUAUAUGUCAAAAGAUAAAGGCAAAUUUGAUUUCUCUUGUCAUGACCCCUUUAACUAACAAAUGAAACCUUAUUGUAAAGUGCUACUAUAUAUGUAUGUAUGUAAACAAUAGGCAGAUAUAUUCGUCCAUCACUGAUUAUCACUCAAGCCUCUAAUGAACAAUUAUCAGAUAUAUUAAGUAUUUUAAUGCAAUUUAAACAAGGGAACAGUACUGAAUUAGUACAGUAUACUGUAUUUGUACAAGCUAGAAUUAACAUUGAUUCAUUGAUCUGACUUACAGUAUGACAUUAUUAACAUUUAUGGAUGCAAUAAUUUCUUUUUUAUGCGACUUUUAAUGCAUAUUAACAGUUUUGUUCCCUUCGAAGACCAUAGCAUGUGCAAUGUUCACCAAGACACUGUGACAUGAUGCAUUUGAGAAGGAUUAUGGGGGAUUGUGUAUCUGGCAUGUGUCUGUUAACUAAAGGUGUUUUUCUCAGAUUGUGAGAAAGGUGUGUGUUUCAGAAGUCUAGUUUUGUAUAAGAGCUAACACGUCUUUAUACUGAUGAAUAAUGUUCUUGAAGAGUGUUUCAUGUAAUACCAAAUGCUGAGAGGCUGAACAUUCACAGGACUUUUUGAACCAAAGGAAAUGUUACUUUGCAUUACUAAUCAGAUCAUAAAACAGAUGGGCAUGUAUGUGAAGUGUUUUGAAUUAAUGGUUGUGAUUGGGUUUUAUGCAGAUCAUUUAAUUUGUUUGCUUUUUUUGUGUUUUGAGUAACUGACAGUUUUUUUUUUUUUUAAAGCACUGGGAGACUUUGAGAGGAAUGGAGUGGUGUUGAUAUACAGUACAGUGGUAUGAUUUAUGUAGUUAUUUUAAAUUUCCUUUUAUUCAUUUUGAGGUUUAGAACAGUUUUUUUGGUUAGUUUCUUUGUUUAUAAAAAUAAAAUAAAAAAAUCCCUUUUUUUAUUUGUGUUUAAAUUGUUCCAUCUAGCUAUGUUCACUGUAAUGAGUAAUAAAUUCACAACUGCA